UGGACUUUAUUUGCCCAAAGCGACCCUUUCUUUCCUGGCAACUUCCAAGCGCCCCCCCUGGAGAUGCAUCUCAUUUUUCUAGUGAGAACCAAUGAAGGGGGUCGUUGACCAGCAAUCUUGAGUUUGUUAAGGGGCUACUUGAGAAUCACAUUAGGCUGUCGAUCUUGUGCUUGUUGAUGGCUUCUUCUUCUUCAUCUGUUCCUGAUUGCAAAUACGAUGUCUUCUUGAAUUUUCGAGGUGAAGACACUCGCAGGACCUUCAUCGGCCAUCUCUACAAAGCUCUAGGUCGGAGGUCAAUCAACACCUUCAUUGACGCUGAAGAGCUCAGAAAAGGCAACGGCCUUUCGCAGCUACUGACGGCUAUAAGCGACUCGAGGCUUUCGGUUGUAGUUUUUUCUCCAAACUACGCUUCUUCCACAUGGUGCUUGAAAGAACUCGUCCAAAUCCUGCAGUGCAUGGAUCAGAAGAAGCAGAUUGUGAUUCCCAUCUUCUACGAAGUAGACCCAUCUCAUGUUCGUAAAAUCAAGGGAAGUUUUGAGGAAGCUUUUUCUAAACAUGAACAUGAUCCUGACGCCGACAUGGAAGAAGUGCAGCGGUGGAGGUCCGCUUUACAAAGAGCCCCCGAUUUAUGUGGCUGGGAUUCACAAAAUUACCAGGAUGAUGCCAAGCUUGUUGAGUUGAUUGCAGAUGAUAUUUUUAAGAAAGUGAUCAACAUCCCAUCAAGUGAAAAGAAUGGCUUGGUUGGAAUGGAUUCCCGCUUAAAGAAAAUGGAUUCACUAUUAUGUCCCGAGGUCGAUAACGUUGGCUUUGUUGGAAUAUGGGGUAUGGGCGGUAUAGGCAAAACCACCAUCGCUAGAGCUGUGUAUGAUAAAAUCAAUCAUCACUUCGAAGGUCGUUGCUUUCUUGAAAAUGUGAAGCGACGUUUUCCCUCAACUGAUGCAGGUGAAGCGCCACUAGAUAUGCAGGCAGAAAUUCUAUCUAGUAUCACAGAUAUGAAGGUGGGGAGUUCAGAGAUUUUGAGAAAUGGUUUUCAGAAGAUGAUGGAAAGAGUUGGUAAGAAAAAAGUUUUACUUGUUCUGGAUAAUGUGGAGAGUUCAUCCCAAAUUGAAGCCUUAAUUGGAAAGCAACCUUCAUUUGGUGGCGGAAGUCGAAUCAUUAUAACAACUAGAGAUAAACAGUCACUAAGUAGACUUGGUGAUCAGAUAUAUGAGCCCGAGUUGUUAAAUGACGAUGAUGCUCUCAAGCUGUUUAGGCAGUAUGCUUUGAGUACAAAGCAACCCACAGAAGAAUACAUUGAUCUGUCAGGCCAUUUCAUAAAAUAUGCUCAAGGUUUGCCUUUAGCACUCAAAGUCUUGGGAGCAUUUCUCGAUGACAAAAGUGUACUUGUGUGGAAAGAUGAGUUAAAGAAAAUAGCGAGAAACCCGCACCCGGGAAUCCAAAAAGUCCUUAGAACAAGCUAUGAUGGACUAGAUGAUUUGCAGAAGGAAAUAUUUCUUGAUAUUGCAUGUUUCUUUAAACAAAUGAAGAAAGACUUGGCAACAAGGAUUAUGGAGGGUUGUGACUUCCAUCCCCAUACCGGAUUAGACGUUCUAGUUGGUAGAGCUCUUGUCACUAUCUCAUCUGAUGGUGUACUCGAGAUGCAUGAUUUAAUAGAGGAAAUGGGUCACCAAAUCGUACGCCAGGAUAUAAAGGAGCCUGGAAGGCGCAGCAGAUUGUGGAGCUGUGAAGAUGUUCAUUAUGUGCUAAAUAAAAAAAAUGCUAUGGAAGCAGUUGAAAGCAUAAUUGUGCAAUGGCCACACUCAAACAAUGUGGUGGAAUUAGAUAUCGCCCUUGCUCAAAUGCCAAAACUAAGACUACUCAAAGUCCAUACCCACUGUUUACUACCAGAGGGCGAGCCGGCCGAUGAUCACUGGCAAUACGAGAAUCUAAAGUUUCUCUCUGAAAAACUAAGUUAUUUGUUUUGGAACAAAUGUCCCCUAAAGUCUUUAUCGUCCAAUUUUAACCCAGAGAAUCUUGUUGAAAUUGACAUGCAAUGUAGUUGGGUUGAACACCUCUGGAAAGGAACUAAGCGUCUUGGAAAGUUGAAAAUUAUCAAUUUAAAAGGCUCUUAUCGUCUUAAGGAAACGCCGGACUUCACUAAGGCAAAGAAUCUUGAGAAGCUAAUUCUUGGUGGAUGCACAAGUUUAUAUGAGGUUCACCCAUCCAUUUCUGCCCUUGAAAAACUUGUCCUCUUGGAUCUAAGUUGGUGCGGCGAACUCAAGUCCUUUUCAAGGAACAUUUGUAUGAAAUCUCUUGAAACCUUUGAUCUCUCUUUUUGCUCAAAACUUGAGAAGUUUCCAGAGAUUUCCAAAGUUAUGGAGAAGCUUUCAAAGCUUUAUUUGCAAGGGACUGCAAUGAAAGAACUGCCUCGAUCGAUUAACAACCUUACAGGGCUUGUUACUUUGAAUCUUAAAUAUUGCAGAGAACUUGAGAUUCUUCCAAGCAGCAUUGUUCAACUCAAGUCCCUGCAACUUCUUAAUCUUUCUGGUUGUCCAAAGCUCAAGGCCUUUCCAGAAAAUGUCGGACAUAUGGAAAGAUUAAGAGAGCUUCGCUUGGAUGAGACAUCUGUUGAAGGCCUUGCCCCAUCAAUUUCAUCUCUUCAAAACCUUGAGAUUUUGAGUCUAAGGCAAUGCAAGAAACUUCAUAGUCUUCCAAGGAACAUUCAUAUGAGAUCUCUUCGAACCCUUAAUUUUUCCAGCUGCUUCAAUCUGUAUAAUUUUUCAGAAAUUCCUGAAGUUAUGAACCUAUUAGAGCUUAAUUUAGAUGAGACUGAUAUUUCAGAACUGCCCUUGUCCAUCAAAAAUUUUACGGGACUCGUUACCCUGAGCCUGAAGGAUUGCAGAAGAUUAGAGAUUCUUCCAGGCAGCAUUCAUAUGAGAUCUCUUCAAGCCCUGAAUGUUUCUGGCUGCUCAAAUCUGAGGAAUUUACCCGAGUUUCUAAAAGUUACGGAGAACCUAACAGAGCUUCAUUUAGAUUGGACUUUAGUUGCAAAAGGCCAAGAAAAUUUUAAGUUUUCAGGGAUUGCAAUUGAAGAAUUGCCAUCCAUAAUUUAUAGUCUUACGGGACUUGCUACCUUGACGCUACGGUAUAGCAAAGACUUUGAGAGUCUUACAAGCAGCAUUUGUCAGCUCAAGUCCCUAAAUUAUCUCUCUCUUUCCGGUUGUACAAAGUUUAAGGUGUUUCCAGACAUAUUAGAAAAUAUGGAAAGAUUAGCCAGCCUUGAUUUGGAUAACACAUCUAUCAGAGAGCUUCCUGCAUCAAUUGAACGGCUUCAGGGACUAGUGUCGUUAAAUCUGAAAAACUGCAAAAGCCUGGUCUAUCUUCCGAACAGUAUCUGCAAUUUGUUAAGUCUCGAAUGGCUCACUCUCAAUGGGUGCUCAAAACUUUCGAAGUUGCCUGAAGAUUUAUGGUAUUUGAAGCGCCUUGACAUAAAGGGAACUGGUAUACAUGGUUACUGCCCAGAACAGCAAUUCAUCAAUUUGGGGGGUUUGGCUCAGUUUCGAAGCACUGCACCUAAGAUUAAUGCCAUGGUCCCAAACAUUGAGCAAAAUGAGGCGGUGGCUGAUGUUGAAUCCCGCCUCCCCUGGAUGUGGCGCCAUGUGGAAGAGAGGCAGGAUCUAUGCGGAAGUCAAGUUAUGUGGAAGAGAUAUGUGGAAGGGAAGGGGCGCUAUGUGGAAGAGAGGCAGCAGGAUAUUGCGGAAUCAAGCUAUGUGGAAGAGAUGCGGCGUUAUGCGGAAGAAGCGGCAGCGGAAAGGCGCUCUGCGAAAGAGAUGCGGCGGCGCUCUGCGGCAGCGGCGGCAGCGGUGGCAGCGGCGGCAGAGGAAGAGAUGCGGCGGCGCUAUGCGAAAGAAGCGGAAGAGAUGCGGCGCUGCUAUGCGAAAGAAGCGGAAGAGAUGCGGCGGCGCUAUGCGGAAGAAGCGGAAGAGAUACGGCAGCACUAUGCGGAAAAAGCGGAAGAGAUGCAGCGGCACUUUGCGAUAACGAAAGAGAUGCGGUGGCGCUUUGCGAAAGAAGCGAAAGAGAUGCGGCGGCACUUUGCGGAAGAAGCGGAAGAGAUACGGCGGCGCUCUGCGGAAGAAGCAGUGCGAAAGAAGCGGAAGAGAUGCGGCGGCUCUUUGCUAAAGAAGCGGAAGAGAUGCGGCGGCUCUUUGUGAAAGAAGCGGAAGAGAUGCAGCGGCUCUUUGCGGAAGAAGCGGCAUAGAUGUGGCGCAUCUAUGUAGAGAAGCGGCAGCAGCGACAUUUGGAAGAGAAGUGGCAGCGACUUUGACCUUUGGAAGAGAUCAAACGUUGACGUUUAGGGCUGGGUUUUACCCUAAAAUGCCUAGGUACCUGUUUCUAAGGGGUAAUCAUAUUUAAACUCAUUUGUUUUCAUUUCACCCACCGAUGUGGGACUGCCAACAAAUUUUUCAUCACAUUUUGACUGAUCCUGAGGAGUCAAGCUAUUUGGAAGAGAUGAUGCAGCGACGUUGACGUUUGGAAGAGGAGCAGCAAUGUCUGGAGUUCCUUGAGGUAGAGGGAACUGUAGCAUCUCUCUCUUUAAAAACGAUAAUUUCUCAGCACUUAAGGGUAUUUGGAUCAGUGUCAGAGCACUGCACCUUUGAGUGAUAUGGUGGACUUAAGCUACGGGGAAAAGGAGGCGGUGGCUUUUAAGGCAAUUUUGAGUGAUCUCAAGCAGUCGAGACAUGAGGAAGAGAAGGAGGAGAAGGCGGUGGCAGCCUCAAGGAGAGGUGGGGGGAUAUGGGGUUGUAUCUGUGGGUCACGGGGUGAUGGGGAUUGAGGUAUUUAGCGCAUCAUCACUGAUAUAGUAGCAAGACUAAGGGACCUGCGAGAGGGAAGAAAUGGUGAUUUUGUGUGGUAAGAGUUUGCGACUCCUUCGUGUUUUGAGUUGGUUUCGGCUUCUGAGAGCUCUUUUAUUUAGGUUUUUGCUUUUUGGGGUAUUUCUUGCUUCACCUGCAGUUGGUACGUGGUAAGUAUUUACUUAUCCGUAUAUGUUGUAAAGUUGUUUUUUUCUUUCUCUUCGAUCAGGUAAUGUAUUGUUAGUGAUGAAGCCUUGAAUUGGAAAUGGAUGGCUGAGAUUAAACUAGCUCAUAAGCUAGGAUUGUGCCGGCUGUCAUAGUAGCUGACUCUGUUUUAGAUAUACUCGUGCAAGACACAUGAGUAUGAGAAGCAUGUGAUGCAUGUGAAGUUUGUGACGGUU